AUGGAGAAUGUAGAUGCGCCGCCCUUAUCCACCCCGCAGUCGGCCGACGCCGAUCCCGAUCGGACAUCGGCCGCCAGUUCCAAUGAGUCGAGCUGUGAAGAGUAUCCUCCGUCAGAGAGCCCGACUGCACUCGAGACCCCCCAUCGCAUUCUGCAUCUAAUACAAUGCCAACGCUGCUCUCGACCUUUGCACACUCCACUCCGGCUGCCCUGCGGCAACACCAUCUGUCGGUCCUGUCUGCCUCCGCUUCGUCCUCGCACGGGGAUCACUUACCCCGUCGCCGAGGGCCGAGAGGAAGGCUUCACGUGCCAUUGGGCAGGCACCAACGACUGCGUUGGUGAGCACUGUCUCGGAGACUGUGGAGUGGAUGUUGUCCUGUGCAAUCUCCUGGGGAUCUUUCAGGAGGAACUCGGCUUCCCAACUCCAGAGAGCGACCGGUUAGAUGAGGCCGACGAUGGCGGCCGCAUCGUCAGCUGGACAGUCAGCCCAGAGACGGUAGAUCCCCCCUCCGUCAAGAAUGCCCGUCUCUAUCGUCGUGGGUGGUUAUGCGGCCUCUAUCUGCUCGCUUGGGAAGGCCGCUUUCCUAACAAUGCGAUGGAUGUGCUAUAUGAACCCUCCAAGGACCCAGCCGAGGAACAAGUCUGUCAACAGGAUGAUCACACCCGCUACGGGCAGCUUCGAGACCGGGUCCGCGGUGAGGUGGACUGUCAGGUCUGCUAUUCUCUGAUCUUGGACCCCCUCACGACCCCGUGUGGCCACACCUUUUGCCGCAAGUGCGUGGCGCGGAUUCUCGAUCACACCGAUCUGUGUCCCGUCUGCCGGCGAAAGGUGGGCAUGCCGACCGCGGUCCGGUCAGAGCCCUUGAAUCGCACCAUUGCUCGAAUCAUUGAUCAUUUCUUUGCGGAUCAGGUUGUAUCGCGACGGGAGGCUGACGCAGACGAUGAAUUGGGAGGCGAUCAUGAGAAAGAUUUGCCUCUCUUCGUCUGUACCUUGUCUUUUCCCACCAUGCCGACUUUUCUGCAUAUAUUUGAACCACGAUAUCGAUUGAUGAUCCGACGGGUCGUGGAAAAUGGAAACAGCAAAUUCGGCAUGGUCAUGUAUAAUCGUAGGGGUGAUCCCCAGGGGGAUGGCCUUGGAAGCACCAUGUUCAUGCAAUACGGUACCGUCUUGCGCGUCGAGCGCUAUGAGUUACUGCCAGAUGGUCGAGAGCUGGACGGCUAUCUCGUUGCAAGAACCGAACGAGUCGACGAUGUCUCCGUGGCCGAGGAAGAGAGGCUGGAAGCCUUGGAGACGGCAACGGCCGCGAUCGCAGAUCCGUCGGAUGCAAAUGCCUCGGAACCUCCUCUCAAUUCUCUUUCGACCCAAGAGCUCCUGGAGGUUUCACGCGAGUUUGUCCGUACGCAGCGACUGGCGAAUGCUCCGUGGCUACACCCACGGGUCAUGCUCACGUACGGGCCUGUUCCUACGGAUGCGGCUCGCUUCGCGUGGUGGUUUGCCAGCAUCCUUCCCGUCGCCGACGAGGAAAAUUAUCUUCUGCUGUCGGCGAGGAGCGUCAGAGAACGCCUAAAGAUAUCGGCGCGAUGGGCCCGAGAGCUGGGAUCUCGGGAUUGUUCUCGGGGAUCCUCGGAUCCGCUUCGAGCCCAACCUGAGCAAGACCCUGUGUCUUCCGCGCCAUCCGCUCAGGCUCAUAUUCCACAAAAACUGGUUGUCGGGGCAUUCUUCGCCAUCUUCCUUGCUCAGUUAUGUGUGAACAUCUUACAGUUGAUGCGAGGCGGGCGUCAACGACGACGAAGACGGUUCAUGGAUUGGCACCUCCCACAGCCGAUGCCCCGGCUCAACAGAGGUCAGUUACGAGGCCCCUAA